GGAAGUUUAGUUUAGUUUCCCUUGUUCCCCCAAAAACGGAGCCAAAACCCAAAUGCUGCUUUAUGCUUAUUGAAGCUAAAAGAGACUUCAGAGUUUUCCUGCGUAACAUCUCAUUCCUCAAACGCAAACUAAACUGAAUAAAAUGAUCAUGUCACGUCUGCUUCGUUCACACUCCUCGUUCCCCGGCCUACAUUUGAUGACCAUGUCCAAAAAUGGAAGACUAUUCUCAACAGAUUCAAAUAUGGUAGGUGAAUCCUUGAAAGCUGAGGUAGCAGAGACAGUAACGGUCACGCCACCUCCAACAGAGAAGCUACUUGUUUUGGGUGGAAAUGGAUUUGUUGGUUCACACAUAUGUAGAGAAGCUAUGGAGCAUGGUUUGACUGUAUCUAGCCUUAGCAGGUCUGGGAGGUCAUCUGUACAUGAUUCUUGGGCUGACAGCGUGGUCUGGCAUCAAGGUUUUUGGAUAGUUGUUAUAAGUUUUUUGGCUGUUCAAAUUGUUAAAUAUGAAGUGUAA